CAACCCAAACGUUUUAAAUAUCAACCGAUCACAUUUUCUCUCUUCUUCUAAAAAGCUGCGUCGUCGUCAUCAUCCGAUCGUUCUCCUUUCUCCAUCGCCGCACGCUGCGUGAAAUAUCUUCGGUGGUUAUAUGAUUGUUUGAAUGUCUAUGGGGGAUAUCGGUGGUUUUUGAACUAGUACGGCUAAUAGAUUCAGAUGUUAGUCCCCUUACGCUAGCCUUUCGUAACACAUAGGAUCGGUGGCUACCUUUUCUCUUGAUGUUUUCAUAUUUGGCAGAUUGUUGCAGACCUUCUUGGUUGAUUGAGAAACCAAAGUGAACUUUAAAAUUCAGAUAAGUGAAGCGAAAUUUAUUAGCGUGGGUUAGCUGGACUGCACGUUGAAGCUUUGUGUAAUUAUGGGUCACAGACACUUUCCGGGUUCAUCCCAACUUUUCGAUGAUGAACAUGAUCAAGGCUGGAACCAUAUACACCCAGAACAUCCAUAUACCAGUCUAGAAAGAACUGGGGCCAGUGAGAACAGAUCGCAUUUUCAUCCAUCAGAAAACAUGUUGAGUGAAGGAAUGCCUGUUUCUUCGCACUGGAACUCUUCUACGGGACCAAAUGCCUAUACCGCUUCAGGUCAUGGUGUGGAGAGGCCACACUACAAUCCAGGAACUUCUUGCCCAUCCCAUGUCCCUUUCAUGAGUUCAGCAGCUGCAACUUUCUCUGCUCCGCAUGAACAUUAUGUGACAUCUGCAUCUUCUUCGUACUGGAACAGCCAGACAUGGUCAUUUGAUAGCUAUGUUGGUCUACCUAUGGAAAAUGCGAGAGGAGCACAGAAGCGGAAAAAAAACCCAUGCGAUUCUUCCGUCUAUGAAAUGGGAAGUUCAAGCCAUUACAACAGCGAAAGAACUUCCUCAGACUCCUCCUUCCCCUGGGAGUUGCACAUGGGAAAAUCAACAGCUCGUGAUCAUGAUCCUCAUUACAUGCCACGGCUCAUGAACCCAGGUUACAGAAGUAAUAAUCUCUCCAACAGGGGAGAGAGUUCCUCAAGGAAUGUCCGUAGUCGUCCUACACUAGAUUUAGAGACCAGCGUAAGCUUGGGCCUUGAUUCUCGUUCUAAACACCAGAAUGGUGACCAUUGUAGCUCAGGUCAUUUUCCUGUUCAGGCAUCUCACGUAGAUAAAGACUGGAACUUUCCUAGACACUUCCCAGUUCCUAGAGAUAUAAUUGGCUUUAGUCCUGAAACAAAUAAUUUUCUUCCUCUGAGAAAUGUUGUCAACAGCACAUCUGUUGAUACUUCUGGCUAUCACCAGGGGACAAUCGGAAACAGAAACUAUGCAGUUUCCCACGGUUUUCCCAGAACUUCAUCUGCAAGCACCUCCCGCUUCUCUCAUAGGUCAACAACACCCACCUAUAGAUCUGGUUUGCGAUUGGGACAUGUGGCAUCUUCCUAUGGAGACAGGUCUCAUUUUGUCACUGAGACAUAUCCUUCUAGGCCUCUGUGGCCACCACCACCCAUUUCAUUGAGUAGCAGUGAUGGACCAGGGAGACGCAGGAGUUCCUAUGAGAGGUUUCAGUCUCCUUUCGAUGAAGUUGCUCUCAAUGAACGCUUUUCAUCUCAGAGAUUUAUGGGUGUAGAUCACCAACCACACUACGGAUCCAGAAACAUGCAAGAUCACCACAGAGACAUGAGGCUCGAUAUCGAUGACAUGACAUACGAGGACCUUCUUGAUCUUGGUGAAAGGAUCGGGAGUGUCAACACUGGUCUAUCCAACGGCGCGAUCACCAGUUGCUUGUUAGAGACAAUAUUGUAUCCAACGGAUGAUCAAAGAAAAUGUGCAAUCUGCCUGGAGGAAUACAAGGAAGGAGAAGAGUUGGGGGAACUGAAAGGGUGUGGUCAUGACUACCACGGAGGGUGCAUAAAGAAAUGGCUGUCUUUGAAGAACUCUUGCCCUAUCUGCAAAUCACCUGCUUUUUUUAUCUGAUGCCUUCUAAAAACCCGUAUGAUAAACUAUACAUAUAUAAUUCAUUUUGUUUUAAAGGGAAAAUAUGCGAUUGACUACAAACAUCUUUAGUUGUACCGGUUAGUACUAGUUGUAAACAGAAGGAAGUUGAUAUCCGUUUA